CUUAACGGCUAUCCGUAGCUGUUAGAAGGACGGGAAGAAAUGGCUGAUGCCAUAGCUGAUACAAGAAGGCUCUUCUCUAAGCCUCAAAACUUAAAUGAUGCUUAUGGACCGCCAAGCAACUUCCUAGAGAUCGAUGUGAGCAACCCUGAGACCGUGGGGGUUGGCAGAGGCAGAUAUACCACGUAUGAAGUUAGACUCAAGACCAACCUACCCAUCUUCAAGCUGAAGGAGUCCUGUGUACGGAGGCGGUACAGCGACUUUGAGUGGCUCAGAGCGGAGCUGGAGAGGGAGAGCAAGGUGGUCGUACCGCCUCUCCCAGGAAAAGCUCUUUUCCGGCAGCUCCCAUUUCGAGGAGAUGAUGGCAUAUUUGAUGACUCUUUUAUCGAGGAGCGGAGACAGGGUCUGGAGCAAUUUCUCAACAAAGUGGCCGGUCACCCUCUAGCUCAGAACGAACGAUGCCUGCACAUGUUUCUACAGGACGAGUCGGUGGACAAGAACUACACCCCAUCCAAAAUCAGACAAGCCUGAAAAGAAAAGACGGCUCUGCUUGGCCCGCUCUGGCCUCACUGCGCUCAGCCUAGCUUGGCCCUGACAAUCCAAAGCUCUCUUCACUGCUCCAGGUUUCUCUCAAACAAAAAAACAUUACAGCGACAAACUCCCCACAACCCCACGCCCCACACACACACCAAAAAAAACAUAUUAUUCACUGCCUCGUUUUGUUUAAUUAGUUAGCCCGAUCGAUGUUUGUUUUCACCUUCUAAUUGGAGUCAAGAAUGUUCGACACAUAACUGUGAUUGAAAGUAAUUUAUAGUAAUUUCUCUUUAUGUCUGGAAAUGCCACUAACAUGAAUAUAUAAUGUAUUUAUCAUUUAGCUAUGUCUUGAAUAUAUUCAUUUAUAUUGUAACAUUGACUGAGCGUUCUAAGGUAUGCAGAGCUCUUGUAAUGACACAUUGCGUUUCCCAUCCAGCACUGGCAUGUUGCUCACCAACCAAACGCACACAGAACCACCUUUGAUGGGCCUUGACUUUCAAAUCACGCGCUAGUUGGUCCACCCUUCGAAAGGAAGCAUGUGUCCGUGUGCGCAUCAACCAGCACUUGUCCAAUUAUCACAAUGAUUUUCUAGUAAGAAAUUUCCACAGAGGGAACUGCAGUAUUUCUACUGGUUAUAUGCAUUUUGAGAUUUGUAUACUGCUGUGCCAUUUUUGUUUAUUUUGAAGAUUUUCCAAUAAAAUAGGUGAAAUGUC